AAUUCAAAUAUGACAGGACAGAGUUUAUUUUUCCUAUUAUUUUUGUGUGUAAAUCUGUUUUAUGCAGUGUUUGGAAGUGAUUGUGGUUGUGACAGCAGCGAAGAAAUAGCAACUAAAUGCUCUAACGAUGUUGAAUGUGACUGUGGAUAUGGAACUUUAGAAUGCUGUUAUAUGCAUGGUGAGAAGCGCUGUGUGUGCAUGGAAGGGUACGCUCUAAACAAAGACAUUUGUGAAGAGUGUGAUUGUGGACAUGGAGCUUCAGAAUGUUCUUUUGUAAAUGGCACGAAAUUCUGUACUUGCAGAUCAGGUUACACUCUUGAUGAUGGAGUUUGUAAAGAGUGUGAUUGUGGAUAUGGAGCUUCAGAAUGUUCUUUUGCAAAUGGCACAAAAUUCUGUAUCUGCAGAUCAGGUUACACUCUUGACGAUGGCGUUUGUAAAGAGUGUGAUUGUGGAUAUGGAGCUUCAGAAUGUUCUUUUGUAAAUGGCACAAAAUUCUGUACUUGCAGAUCAGGUUACACUCUUGACGAUGGCGUUUGUAAAGGUAAAAGCAGCAUUUAA